CUCUCUCUCUCCGUGCGCGGUCUCUCUCUCUGCGUGUGCUCUUGGCUUUUUUUUUUUUUUGAGUGAGGAGGUGCACGUGUCUGCUGUCGGGUGGUCGACGUGAGACACGACACGACCAGCAGCAAUGGCAUUGGUCGCCGGUUUGUCAAUGCGCAGCGGUGCUUCGCACCUCGUCGUGUCCUUGGCACCCAUGAUGGCGCAUCGACGUUUCAUUUCUGAUGCAGCCAAGAGCAAGCUCAAUGAUGGCCCGGGCUUUGGCGAAUUUGUUUCUGGCAACGUGCCCCUGACGCCCAAGGCCCUCAAGCGCAAGCAACGACUGCGCCUGCCGGAAUGGGUCAAAACAGAUGUACCGGCCGGCAAGAACUUUGCGCGGAUCAAGGGCAAUCUCCGUGAUCUCAAGCUUCACACCGUUUGCGAGGAGGCGCGUUGUCCCAACAUUGGCGAGUGCUGGGGCGGUGCUGAAGGCACGGCCACGGCAACCAUCAUGCUGAUGGGUGACGAGUGCACGCGUGGCUGUCGCUUCUGUUCCAUCAAGACCAACAAGGCCCCGGCACCGCUUGAUGUUGACGAACCUGCGCACACGGCUGCAGCCGUGGCUGCUUGGGGCCUGGACUAUGUUGUCCUCACCUCGGUCGAUCGUGACGAUCUACCCGACGGAGGUUCAAACCAUUUUGCCAGCACGGUGAUUGAAUUGAAGAAGCGCAAGCCGGAAAUUUUGGUCGAGUGCCUUACGCCCGACUUUUCCGGCGUCUACGAGGAUAUCGCUCGUGUGGCCGUCUCGGGCCUUGAUGUCUUUGCCCACAACAUGGAGACUGUGGAAUCGCUCACGCCAAGCGUGCGUGACCGCCGGGCCAAGUAUCGGCAGUCUUUGCGCGUUUUGGAGAUGGCCAAGGAGGCCCAACCAGGCCUCAUCACCAAGACCUCUCUGAUGCUGGGUCUCGGCGAGCGCGAUGAGGAGAUUGAGCAGACCUUGGCCGACCUGCGCCUGGCCGGUGUUGACUGCGUGACCUUUGGGCAAUACAUGCAGCCCACCAAGCGCCAUCUCAAGGUUUUGGACUACGUCACGCCCGAAAAGUUUGAUCACUGGAAGGCUCGGGGCGAUGCGCAUGGUUUCCUCUACACGGCCAGCGGCCCGCUGGUGCGCUCGUCAUACAAGGCCGGCGAGUUCUUCCUCACCAAUAUUCUCAAGGCGCGCCAACACGGACACGGACACAGACAGACACACACAGAAAGACAGACAGACAGACAGACAGACAUAGACACAGACAUAGACAUAGACACAGACAUAGACACAGACACACACACACCUCUCUUUGAAGUUCAUGUUGCUGCCCUACGGCAGUUGGAAGCACGAGCCACAAGGACCUCGCUCACACCAAACAUGGGCUGUACGCCCUCCACAUCCAUGUCUGUGCCCAUGCUGGCCAACCAGCCUCGGCAGCGCUCAACCAACCAUCUUCUGGUGGAGGCACUUCCUUUCAACACCAGCCUCUCCAGCUCGUUGAGCGGUCAGACUGCGGGUCUCCCAUCGUGGUCUCGGGCGACUUUGGCCAACAAGUACCGCAUUCUCGACUCUUUGGGUGCCGGGGCCUACGCCAACGUUCUGCGUGCUGAAGAUCAGGAGACUGGCGAGACCGUCGCCAUCAAGAUCGCCAAGACGCGUCGUUGCAAGAAAAGCCUAUCCGAGAUUCAGAUAUUGCUCGUCUUGGAUGCAGCCGAUGAAAACCCCCACGUCCUCCCCAUUAUCAACGCCGUCCUCGUAGACCGUGUCCCACAUCUGGUCAUGCCCUUUAGCACACGCGGAGACGUUUUUUCGUACCUCGAGGAGCAGGACUGUCAACUCGUUGAGGCCGAGGUACAGCACCUGAUGCAUGGCAUUGCCAAAGGCCUCGACUUUUGCCACCAGCGCGGCGUGGCCCAUUUGGAUCUUAAACCCGAAAACGUGGUGCUGGUGGAUGCAACCAGCCUGGCCGAUGUCCGCGGCUUCGAUGGUGCCUCCCUGGUCGGACCCCACGCUCAUCGGCACCCCUGUUAUCCCCAGUUGAUCGACUUUGGAGAAGCCGUAGCCUUUGAUGGCGACACCGUCUGUGACCAGCUUGCAGGCAGUCCCGACUACCUCGCCCCGGAGGUCCUCCGAAACCGCUACCAUCCCGCCAAGGCAGAUUGUUGGAGUCUGGGCAUCACGCUUUACGUCCUCCUGACUGGAACCCUGCCCUUCUCCGCGCCCACCACCGAGCUGAUUGAGCAGCGCGUGCGCGAAUACGUGGGCCCCCUUCCCGCCGGCCUCACCAAGCGAGUGAGCAAUGCCAGCCUCAGCGCCCUCUUGGGCCUGGUGCGGAGGGACAUGCAUAGCCGCCUGAGCUGUGCCCAAUUUCUCGCGCACCCCUGGAUGCAAGACUACUGCCGCCCUGGUUCUGAGGUGCAGCUUGACUACGAGCGAUACCUCGGUCAUGUGCAAACGGCCAUUGAAGCAAAGGCCGCGGCCUUCUUCCCCGGUCAAGGCGACAUCCAGCGGGCCUACACCAGCAGCCACGUCGUUCUGCCAACCGUGACCAUCCCAGUUGGGUCCGACCUCGUCUUUCAGCUCCCGGAGCGGGAUCGUUCCACCGUCAUCUAA